AUGUGAGUAAGGAAGAGGCAGGGCAUACUAGCCGAGGCGGGGGGGAGUGGAACUUACGCUGCAGACAAAGCAUACAAACACACACAUGCUCAUUCAGUUUAAGUGACACAAGUGCUGGCACCAUUCAGCACUGAGCUGACUGAGUCACUGCGCUCCGUUAGCUGGCAUGCCGCAGAGGAAGAGGAGUUUCACUUUUGGAGCCUAUGGAGGGGUGGACAAGACAUUCACCAAGGCCAGAAGCAAAUGGAAACAAGAUGGGAGCGACCCUCAAAUAGCUCCAACACUAGAGCCCCAGCUGUUCCAGCCUACACUCCCAUACACCACCUCAUCAUUCCACAAGGCCACAGAUUUAUUUGAAAUGAUUGAAAAGAUGCAGGGAAACAGGAUGGAUGAGCAGAGAUACACCUUUCCUCCCCCACUCAAGACUGAGGAGGACUAUAUUCCAUACCCAAGUGUCCAUGAGGUAUUGGGCAGAACUAGCCCCUUUCCUCUUAUCUUACUGCCGCAGUUUGGGGGCUACUGGAUUGAGGGGACCAACCAUGAGCUGAGUGACAACGUGGAUAGAGAGCAGCUGCAGCCUCCAUCCCCAAACACCCGUACCAAGCUGGAAUGUAACACAACAGCCAUGCUCUACCGGAAACACUUCCUCAGCAAGGUUAGCCACUUUGUGCACCACAGAGAGAGAUCCCUUUGCCAUAAUGUACUCACAUUGGGAAGAUAUGGGUAUUGACUGGAUGUGAUUGGCGACCAGGAACAUCUCCGCCUAAUGCUCAGGACCAAACUGAAAACCUACCAUGAUGUGAUCCCCAUUUCCUGUCUGACAGAGUUUCCCAAUGUGGUGCAAAUGGCCAAGCUUGUGUGUGAAGAAGUCAACGUGGACCGCUUUUUCCCUGUCCUUUAUCCAAAAGCUUCAAGACUUAUUGUCACUUUUGAUGAACAUGUGAUAAAUAACAAUUUCAAGUUUGGGGUCAUCUAUCAAAAGUUUGGACAGACUUCAGAGGAAGAGCUGUUUGGCAACAAUGAGGAGAGUCCUGCCUUUGUAGAAUUCUUGGAGUUUCUAGGAGAGAAAAUAGAAUUGCACAAUUUUAAAGGCUUUCGUGGGGGGUUAGAUGUGAUCCAUGGGCAGACUGGCACAGAAUCUGUCUACUGCAACUAUGGCAGCAAAGAAGUCAUGUUCCAUGUGUCCACAAAGCUGCCUUACACAGAGGGGGACACCCAGCAGUUGCAGAGAAAGAGGCACAUAGGGAAUGAUAUCGUGGCCAUUGUAUUCCAAGAGGAAAACACUCCUUUUGUGCCAGACAUGAUCGCCUCAAACUUUCUCCAUGCUUACGCUGUGGUCCAGGUGGUCAACCCCUGCUCUGACAAUGUUCUCUACAAGGUGUCAGUGACUGCACGGGAUGAUGUCCCCUUUUUUGGCCCGGCUCUCCCAAACCCUGCUGUUUUUAAAAAAGGCCCUGAAUUCCAUGAAUUCCUUUUUACUAAACUCAUCAAUGCAGAGUAUGCCUGCUACAAAGCUGAUAAAUUUGCCAGAUUAGAGGAGCGAACACGGUCUGCUUUGUUAGAGACCCUGUAUGAGGAGAUCCAUGUGAACAGUCAAGCCAUGAUGGGCAUUGGAGGAGAGGACGAGAGACUGGAAAAUGGGAGUGGAGGAGGAGGAAGUUUCUUUGAGUCCUUCAAGAGGGUGAUCCGCAGCAGGAGCCAGUCUAUGGAUGCCAUGGGUCUUACAUUCAAGAAGCAACACUCACUGUCCACUAGCCUGAGCGGAAGCUUUAACCACAGCCCCACAGUCAGCCCCAAAUUCCCAAGGAUAUCAUUGCUUGUCCCAGGAAAAAGUCCCAGUAAAUCUGGACGUCGAGGCAGUGCCAUAGGGAUAGGAACAAUAGAAGAGUCUUUGAUAAUCCCGGGGAAAAGCCCAACCAAAAAAAAGUCUGCUCCUUUCAGCUCCAGGAGAAGCAGUGCCAUCGGUAUUGAAAACAUUCAAGAAGUCCAGGAGAAAAGAGCGAAUUCCCCAAGCACACAGAAGACCCCUGACAGUGGUCAUGUCUCUCAAGACGCCAAAUCUGACAACUCAUCCAAUCAGAGUUCACCUGAGGUUCUCACAACCACCAAGAACAGGGCUCAAUCCAUCCCUGAGGGUCAUGACCUCUCCCGCUCCUCCUCCAACACUAGCAGCUUCACCAGUGUAGUAGAGGAGGCCGAGGCCACGGAGGACUAUGACACAGGCAUGGAAAGUCUGUCAUCGGCCGGGACACCACACAAACGAGACUCCUUCACCUAUACCACCUGGCUGGAGGACAACAUCAGCAGCACCAGUACCAACAGUCGUGGUAGCUCUCCAGGGCCCACUAAACCUGAACGAGGAAGGGGGACCGACAUCCGUAUAAAACUGGAGCGACCACAGGACCAUCAGUCCUCAUCUAACUGUUAGCUCCAUCCACCUGGCUGUAUCCUGGAUCUCCAUCUUCAGCAUUCCCAUAAGCCCCAAUCCUUCUGGGAGAUGAGCCAAGUGCCGGCGUGUUCCAUGAGAAGUGAUGAGAAAGGAAGAUGAGAAAGAAGAGAAAAGGCAGGUGGAGCCUGACUAGUCUGCUGCUCAUUGAGGUGAGCACAACGCCAGGAACCUGGAGCACACCAGAGAGGAUGUUGCACGAAGACAGACCAGCUUUUGCACAGUGUUGUUUCCUUCCACUUUUUUCUUUUAUCUGCAAAUGUAAUAGAUUUAUUUGUUAAAGAUAUUACUUUAUAGCCUCAGUGUGCUGGCUAUACAGGGUGAAGACAGUGCCGGCUCCCUGAGAGGAAUCUCACAGCAACACAGUGAGGAAUUCUGCUUGGAUGCUUUUGCCAAAUUUAAAAGGAUUUGGUUCAACAAAGACAUCAAAUUUAUACUUUAUACCAUAUAUUAGAUUAGUAUUUUCUAACAAAACAUCUAGUAGGAUAAUAAACAUGUUUGUUUUCUGUGUAAAAAUGAAGGACUGUGUAGCUGCAGUAAUAGUUUUACUCUGCUCAGUCACCCAACUCUCCACCCAAAGCCACAGUGAAUAUACAGUAGCAGCGUAUCAUAAAUCAAAUGAAAUGGCCUUAAAACUUCAACAUGCAGUGUUGUUGUCCUUCAGAAUUACUUCAUUUCACUUCUUUGACUCACAUGUUCUGCAGCCCAUAACGAAAUGACAGUAUUAGGUUAAAGUAAUAUAUUCAGAAUGUUUUUAAUUUGUUUUUUAAAUGGUGCCAUAAUGCAGUUAGACUUCAGCACUGUCUGUGUUGUCUGAUAAUGUGUGGGUAUACCGUGUUCAUCACUGACUGACAUUCUACUGUUUUGCUCGUUUUGUCUGCCGCUCUGGAGUCCAGUCUCCACAGUGUCCCGAGUUGCACUUUUCUCUCUAAUAUGUUUUUAUUUAUUGAGUUGGUUCUUGUUGUGGGGGGUGGAAGAGGGUACAUCUUUUAUACUGUACUUCUAUGCUGAUCACAUUCAUCCUGUCAUAUGCCUAGACUGGAAUAAAUUAUAAUGUUGUCAUCUGUAAAGCUCUGUUUAUCUUAGCAGUUAGAAUCUCUUUCACAGCAAUGCAAUCAAUCAAACAGUGAAUAUUUUAAUUUGCUAGUGAGAAAAUAUAACUCCAACUACACCUGCUGAUUUUGUAAAUAGAUAUUUAGUUGGAGUACAUAUUAUAUAAUGUAUAGGCCAUUUAUUUAAGGUGGAAUUGACCAACACCUUGAAAUGGCUGCCAGGUUAAUAAUUUAUUGUUGUUUUUUUCCUGAAUCCUUACAUUUAAACAUUGUUUUAAGAGAGUUUAUAGAAUAAGUUUGUAGAAUAAAAUUAUUUUCAAAGCUUGGUAGACUGGUCUGUAAAGGGGAAAAGCUCAGUACAUCCUGUUGAUCAUUUCAGUUGCCUUAUCAUCACAGACUGAUGGUUUAUGUAUGGAUAGUGAAGCAAAGUGUUAAUAGGCAGCAGGAUUCACAAUGAAAUGGCUGGUUGUUAUGAAUAAAUUUAUUGAGAACUUUACAGUCUGCUGUGCACAUCCUCUGUUGUCCUCAUAUGGAAACUUGCUAAGAGCAUAAAGGAGCAGUGGAAGUAGACACAAAGACUUCCUGGGCUGUUGUUGUUGUGGAGGAAACUGAAAUGUUGCCGCUGGAGUCAGCACCUCCUGUGGUUCUGAUGAGCAGUCAACAGCUACAUCAACCUGCCCAGUGUUUGAUUGAUUGUUGUUUUGUUGCUUUUCUUUUGUCUCUUCUCUAUCCACUCACCCCAACCAGACGAGGUAGAAGGCCGCCCACUAAGAGCCGGGGUCUGUCAGAGGUUUCUUUCGUUAAAGGGAGUUUUUCCUCCCCUCUGUCGCCAAGUGCUGCUCAAGGGGGAAGGUUGUUGGGUUUUUCCGAGUUGGCGUCCGAGGUUUGGGUCAGCUGGGCACUUGGCCCCAGCCACCGCCCAAAACACAAUGCACUGGCCCGUUGCGGCCUCUGCA